ACUUCAGUAGAGUUUCCACAGAUUCUGUUUCCAUGCAAAUUGAUGAGGGAGAAAUUUUGGAGGAAGGCAGUUCCAAGAUGGAACAUGAGGAUUUUGUAAUGGAAGGGCAUGGCAAGACUCCACCUCCUGGUGAAGAAAACAAACAAGAGAAGGAGCAAGAGAAGGAAGAACAGUUAAUGGAAGACAAGAAAAGAAAGAAAGAGGAUAAGAAGAAGAAAGAAUCUACUCAGAAGGUCACAGAUCAAAAAACCAAAGUGCCCGAAGCGACAAAACCAAGUUUAAGCCAACCAGUGACUGCCAGCCCAAUUGGCAGCUCUCCAUCGCCACCAGUCAAUGGUGGCAACAAUGCCAAAAGGGUGGCAGUGCCGAACGGUCAACCGCCAAGCGCCGCCCGCUACAUGCCUCGGGAGGUGCCGCCGCGAUUCCGUUGCCAGCAGGACCACAAAGUGUUACUGAAACGUGGGCAGCCCCCUCCGCCAUCCUGUAUGCUCCUUGGGAGUGGAGUAGGGCCGCCUCCUUCUCCAGCACCUGGAGCAAAUCCAAACAACGCACAACCAGUGACGGGAGUGCUGCUGCCGUGUGACAGUGGGACUGCAACCGAUUCAACAACUGGAGGUGCUGCUGCUUCAAAUUAUGCAAAUUCCACUUGGGGUCCUGGAGCCUCCUCCAACAGCACCAAUGCCAACCCAACUCAUGUCUGGGACAAGGUGAUUGUAGACGGGUCUGACAUGGAAGAGUGGCCUUGUAUUGCCAGCAAAGAUACUGAGUCUUCUUCCGAAAACACCACAGACAACAACAGUGCCUCGAACCCUGGCUUGGAGAAGAGCACUCUGCCAGGAAGCACCACUAGCAACAAAGGAAAAGGAAACCAGUGCCAGUCUGUAAGCUCUGGUAACGAAUGUAAUCUUGGGGCCUGGAAAUCUGACCCUAAGGCUAAAUCUGUUCAAUCUUCCAACCCUGCAGCAGACAGUAACAAUGGUCUAGCAAGCUGGAGGAACUUGAGUGGGCAGGACAGAAUCGGCCCCAGCUCUGGCUUCAGCAACUUUAACCCAAAUAGCAACCCAUCAGCUUGGCCAGCACUGAUUCAAGAGGGAAAUUCAAGGAAAGGGAUUUCAGAAUCUGAUAAUGGUAGCUCCAAUGCACAGCUUAGUACAGCAGGUCAGACUUCUAGGGAACAGCAGUCAAAGAUGGAAAAUGCGGGUGUUAAUUUUGUCUCUGGCAGAGAGCAGGCUCAAAUUCACAACACUGAUGGACCAAAAAAUGGAAACACUAACUCUUUGAACUUAAGUUCACCAAACCCAAUGGAGAAUAAGGGAAUGUCCUUUGAAAUGGGUUUUGGGAACACUUCCAGGAGCACUGAUACCCCUUCACAAAGCACUGGAGAGAGAAAGACUGGGAGUGUUGGAUCUUGGGGUACAGUAAGGGGGCCUUCUGGACUGGACAGUGUCUCUGGUCAAAGCAAUUCUGGAAAUCAUGGGAACAAUGGAAAGGAUAGGGAGGACUCAUGGAAGGGAGCUUCUGUUCAAAAAUCGAAUGGGUCAAGAAAUGAUUCUUGGGAUAAUGGCAACAGGUCUACGGGUGAUGGGUCUUGGACCUUUGGCCCUCAACACUCUAGUGAAAGCAAAUGGAGUGAAGGGAACAAAAUGACAUCAGGGGUGUCUCAGGGAGAAUGGAAACAGCCGUCUGGGUCUGAUGAACUGAAGAUUGGAGAAUGGAGUGGUCCAAACCAACCAAAUUCUAGCACUGGAGCAUGGGACAAUCAAAAGGGCCAUCCCCUUCCUGAAAACCAAGGCAAUUCCCAGGCUCCCUGUUGGGGAAGAUCUUCCAGCUCUACAGGAAGUGAAGUUGGAGGUCAAAGCACUGGAAGUAACCACAAAGCAGGAAGUAGUGACAGUCACAAUUCUGGACGUAGAUCAUACAGGCCUACACAUCCUGAUUGCCAGGCAGUCUUGCAAACUUUGCUGAGCAGGACUGAUUUGGACCCCCGAGUGCUUUCAAAUACUGGCUGGGGUCAAACUCAAAUCAAACAGGAUACUGUUUGGGAUAUAGAAGAGAUGCCAAGGCCUGAGGGAAAGGCUGAUAAAGGAACUGAGGGGUGGGAGAAUUCUGCCAUACAGACGAAGAGCUCAGGGGGCUGGGGAGAUGCACCCAGCCAAAGCAAUCAAAUCAAGUCUGGAUGGGGGGAGCUCUCUACUCCAACAGAGUGGAAAGAGCCCAAAAACACUGGAGGAUGGAAUGAUUAUAAGAACAAUUGUUCCAACUGGGGAGGAGGAAGACCAGAUGAAAAAGUGACACCAACUUGGAAUGAGAAUUCAAGCAAGGACCCAGGAUGGAAUGGACGGCCACCUAAUCAAGGGUGGUCUUCUGGGAAGAAUGGCUGGGGUGAGGAAGUUGACCAAACAAAAAACAGUAAUUGGGAAAGUUCAGGAAACAAGUCAGUGUCAGGUUGGGGUGAAGCUAGUCAAAAUGAGAUUGGGACUUGGGGUAAUGGUGCAAAUGUAAAUUCUUCUUCAAAAGGAGGGUGGGAUAAUAAUAAUAAAAGAGCUCCAGCAUGGAAUGAUACUGGUAGACAACCCAAUUCCUGGAAUAAUCAGCAACAACAGUACCAUCAGCAGCCAGAGGCACCUGGCUCCUGGGGUCCACCUUCACAGCCCCCAGGUAACGGGAGGCCACCAAACCCUAACUGGAAUAGUGGGCCACAGCCAGCUGCCUCAAAGGACGAGGAACCCAGUGGCUGGGAAGAACCAUCCCCCCAAACAGUUAGUCGAAAAAUGGAUAUUGAUGAUGGCACUUCAGCAUGGGGUGACCCUAACAGUUACAACUACAAGAAUGUGAACCUGUGGGACAAGAACUCACAGGGUGGACAACCUCCUCGAGAACAGAAUCUCCCUACUCCAAGGACUAGCAAAUCAACAACCUCAGUCUGGAACAAAAGCACACCUCCUGCUCCAGAUAAUGGUACAGCUGCUUGGGGCGAACCGAAUGAAACCAGUCCUGGAUGGGGUGAAGUAGAUGAUGCAGGGGCUUCUACCGGUUGGGGAAAUGGACCCUCUGCUGCACCAAAUGCCAUAAAACCUAGUUCCAAACCAUCUCAAGAUGGCUGGGGGGAAAACGAUGGGCCAGUAUCUGGAACACGGCAUUCCAGUUGGGAAGAGGAAGAGGAGGGAGGAGUCUGGAACACAGCAGGCUCUCAGGGAAGCAGUUCCUCCCAUAAUUCAGCAAGCUGGGGACAAGGAGGAAAGAAACCACAAAUUAAGUGUUCAUUAAAAGGAGGCAGUAGUGAUUCAUGGAUGAAUACUUUAUCGGAUCAGAUUUCAAAUAUGGGAUUGCUGAAUCAACCUGAGGACACUCCAGGCAAUAAGAUGGACUUAUCUGUAGGUGGCCUCCAGGAUAAGAAGUUUGAUGUGGACAAACGAGGCAUGAAUCUCGGGGAUUUUAAUGACAUAAUGAGAAAAGGCCGGUCUGGUUUUCGUCCUCCUAAUUCCAAAGACAUGGGAACCCCAGAUAGUGGGCCUUACUUUGAAAAGCUGACUUUGCCUUUCUCCAAUCAAGAUGGGUGCCUUGGGGAUGAGGCUCCCUGCUCUCCCUUCUCCCCUUCUCCCAACUACAAGCUAUCUCCCUCUGGUUCCAAUCUACCCAACGUCUGCCUUGGGGCAAUCGGCUCAGGGCUCAACCCCCAAAACUUCGCUGCUAGACAAGGGGGCAAUCAAGGUCUGUUUGGAAACAGCACAGCACAAUCGAGAGGAAUGCACCCACCAGUGCAGCCACUAAAUCCUUCCCCCAAUAUUCGGGCACAAGUGCCUCCCCAAUUUCUUUCUCCCCAGGUGUCUGCCUCCAUGCUCAAGCAAUUUCCUAACAGUGGUCUGAACCCAGGUCUUUUCAAUAUGGGGCCCCAGCUUUCUCCUCAACAGAUUGCUAUGCUGAGCCAACUUCCACAGAUUCCUCAAUUUCAGCUUGCUUGUCAGCUUCUCCUCCAGCAGCAGCAGCAGCAGCAACAGCAGCAACAGAUGAUACAGAACCAGAGAAAGAUUUCUCAAGCUGUGCGACAACAGCAAGAGCAACAGCUUGCCCGUAUGGUGAGUGCCCUUCAGCAGCAGCAGCAGAGGCAGCCUGGCAUGAAACAUUCUCCAUCCCAUCCAGUUGGGCCGAAGCCACAUUUAGACAACAUUGUACCUGGUAGUCUGAAUGUGGGUCUUUCAGAUUUACAGGCCAAAGGGCAGAUUCCUGGAUAUAGUUCAGGUUUUGGCUCCAGUGGCGUGGAUUAUGGCAUGGUGGGAGGGAAAGAAACUGGAACAGAAUCUCGCUUUAAACAGUGGACUUCUAUGAUGGAUGGGUUGCCCUCUGUAGCUUCCCAAGAUGCCAAUAUGCACAAAAAUGGCACGAUUGUGCCCCCUGGAAAAGCUCGAGGGGGAUCACCCUACAACCAAUUUGAUAUAAUCCCUGGUGAUCCGCUGGGCAGCCACACAGGUCAUGGUGGCGAAAGCUGGUUACCUGCCAAAUCUCCACCAACAAGUAAGAUUGGAAACAAAUCCAGCAAUGCCAGUUGGCCUCCAGAGUUUCAGCCAGGAGUGCCAUGGAAAGGUAUUCCAAACAUUGACCCUGAAUCUGACCCCUAUGUGACCCCAGGAAGUGUGCUGGGGGGUACAGCCACAUCCCCCAUUGUAGAUACUGAUCACCAACUUCUGCGGGACAACACCACAGGGUCUAAUUCUUCCCUCAACACCUCGCUGCCUUCACCUGGUGCCUGGCCCUACAGUGCCUCUGACAAUUCCUUCACAAAUGUUCAUAGCACUUCAGCAAAGUUCAGUGAUUAUAAAUCAACAUGGUCCCCAGAUCCCAUAGGACCCAAUCCCACUCAUCUCUCCAACAAGAUGUGGAAAAACCAUAUUUCCUCAAGAAACACUACAGGGCUGCCCCGCCCACCUCCUGGCCUGAGUAAUCCAAAACCAUCCUCUCCCUGGAGCAGCACAGCACCCCGCUCAGUCAGGGGGUGGGGGGCACAGGAUUCAAGGCUUGCCUCUGCCUCUACCUGGAGUGAUGGUGGAUCAGUUCGCCCUAGCUUCUGGCUGGUUCUUCACAAUCUCACUCCACAGAUUGAUGGGUCAACCCUGAGGACCAUCUGCAUGCAGCACGGUCCACUGCUGACAUUCCAUCUAAACCUGACCCAAGGCACUGCCCUUAUCCGAUACAGCACCAAGCAGGAGGCAGCCAAGGCCCAGACUGCACUGCACAUGUGCGUUUUGGGAAACACUACCAUUCUGGCUGAGUUUGCCACAGACGAGGAGGUUAGUCGCUUUCUGACACAAGCUCAGCCUCCUACUCCUGCAGCAACACCCAGCGCACCCGCAGCAGGCUGGCAGUCUCUAGAGACAGGACAGAAUCAGACAGAUCCUGUUGGACCUGCUUUGAAUCUCUUUGGUGGGUCAACAGGGCUUGGGCAGUGGAGCAGCGGCGGUGGCAGCAGCAGCGGGGGUGACCUUGCUGGUGCUUCGUUAUGGGGCCCUCCAAGCUAUUCUUCAAGUUUGUGGGGGGUUCAAAGCGUGGAAGAUCCCCACAGGAUGGGAAGCCCUGCUCCCUUACUACCUGGAGACCUUCUAGGCGGAGGGUCGGAUUCAAUCUGAACUUAAAACUUUCAACUCUGACCUCGUGACCUUUUUUGGAACAGCAGCAGCACUAACUUGACCUUUUCUUUUUUUUUCAACUUGCAAUAAAUACAUUUUAAAAGGAAAAAAGAAAAUGGAGAGAGAGAAAAAAGGUGGGUCAUUGACAGGACUGUCUGAGCACAUAGUUGCCUCCCUUAUAACUUCAGUUUUUUCGUUUGGAAUAUGAAUCCAAAAAGAGAACAUAUCACUCUUGAAAUACUUGAAUCAUGAACGCCAACUUAGAAAGACAAUGUGAAGCAAGUACACAUACCAUUUAAAUCUAAAGAAAAAAAAUUAAAAAAAUUAGUUUCUAGUUUUUCACUUUUUCAUGUUAUAUGGAAGUUGUUGCUAAGAAACAUAUAUACUGAAAAAUAGCUUUUUAACUUUGUUUGCACUGGGUGUGUUUCCGUCCUUAGGUCUACCAUGUUGGGAUGGGAUGGGACGGGAUUCAAAUGCGUUGGGGGUGGGGUGGGAGGGGGAAGACUUGACGGAGCCUCACUUUAAAAAACAAAAAAGAAAAAAAACACUUUGUGAUUGGCUGGUUGAUAUAUACCAGUAUGUUCUGGCACAUGUAACUGCCCAUGU